AAGGUUUCACGGUUUUACAUGAAAGUUGUCGGAAUUUGGUAUGCUGGAACAGAACGUGAGAAAUGGAUGCUGAACGGGGCUCUGAUUUACACAAUAGCCGCUCUCGUCUUUGCCAUUGCCGUCAUCUUAGUCGAUUUGUUUCAUAUUUGGGGAAAUUUUCACGAUGUCAUGGAAAAUCUCGUACUGGCGAUGUCGCUGUUCAGUUCGAUUUUAAAAUUGAUGAUCGCAAUAGCGCGAAAACAUGCAAUUGUCGAUUUAAUCGUAUUUUCUGAAAAAUACUUUUGGAAGGUGAAAUACGACAGUUUUGGCGAGCAGGUAUUAAACGAGUGCGAAAGGAAGGGUAUCAUUCUGCUGUGCAGUCUGGCAUGUGCUGUCCAAGGAACAGCGAUCUCUUAUGUAGCAAAGCCGCUUAUACCAAACAAUAUCUUGAACGAUACUCAUAGAGCACUGCCGUUCAGACUAUACGUCGAUUUGCCUUUAACCGUGACACCGUAUUACGAGAUUACUUACACAAUUCAGAGCCUGUCAACCAUACACUCAGGAAUCUGUUUCUUCUGCUUCGACAAUUUGAUGGGUAUAUUGAACAUUCACAUCGUUGGUCAGUUUAAAAUACUGCAGCACAGAUUGGAAACGUUGUGUGACGAAUGUAUGAGUCACGUGCAUGACGAGAGUCAAACGAACUAUUUUGAGACGGUGGAUGUGAAUUCGCCGAGAGAAAUCUUCAACAAAAAUAAAAUUUUGAGAAUGCAAAUCGACGUUGUGACGGCUGGAGUGAAGAAGAAUCACUCGGAUCUCAGUACACAGAGUUACGACGAAUUGAAGAAAUGCGUAAAACAACAUUUGUUCCUAAUUGAUUACGUCGAAAGACUCGAGUAUGUCUUCAGCCCGAUGCUUUUCUGUCAGAUGGGAUUUUCUAGCAUAUUCAUAUGUCUGACAGGCUUCGAAAGUCUUGUGGCUAGACGUGCAGUAUUCAUCUUACAUCUGCUGUCCGCCUGCUUCCAGACCCUAAUCUUCACAUGGACCUGCAACGAGAUAAUCAUCCAAAGCAUGAAAAUUGCGGAUUAUGCAUUCAGUGCGAAGUGGUACACGAUACCGGAUACUAAGGAAGGACGGUCCAUUCGCAAGGGGUUGAUGAUGAUCAUGAUGAGAUCACGUCGCGCCUGUUAUUUGACUGCUGGAAGAUUUCGCGCGAUAUCUUUGCAGUCCUUCACGACUAUCCUCGGCACAACUUCAUCCUACUUAUCGGUACUGCGUCAGAUGAGCGACGGAACUUAGUUCGUUCAGUUAUCAUUGUAUAUUCAGCAACCAAGAAUCAGAUUUCAAUAUGAAAUCCCGAAUCGCAUGAAAUUCGGAGUGCAAAACAUCGGCUCCAAUCAAUUGAUCCGCAUCUUAAAAAAUCUAAGACUGAAGUGCACGAUAUAAUCCCAACAAGGGAUUUCUUGUGUACAAAAAGAAGCUUUGAUUUAUCUUGGAUACUGUAUUUCUUAAUUCAUUAACAACGUCUGCUUGUAAAAUGUGACUAUAAGGUUAAGCGAACGCUAGUUAUCGACUAAAGAAAUGUACCCAGCUUUUUUCGAGAAUGCUUGAAAGCUUCAAACUACAGCUGUACAUUGAAUCGAUGGUACGAAGACCUGAAACACGGACUUACAAUUUUGCACAGGUUGAAAACAGUCGUUAACCCGAAGGUCUGAUCCUCCCUUGUGCGUAUUAUACAUACAUGGUGUGG